UUAUUUCGCAGUUUCAAGCCUUCACCGUCAGCUGCCACAAAAACACGAUUUUGAUGUUUUGGCCGAAAACGCUUAGACAGCUUUUGUGACAGGUGCCAAAAUUCUUGCUUAAUGUCGUCGCGAGUGCUGCGAAAGCUGCAGGGCGACACCGGCCUGCGUGUCGACAGCGACCCUGAGAAGGACGCGGAGGACGACUUGCUGUCGGUGGCCGCGGGCGGCGGAGCCAAGAAGAAGCAAUUGAACGUAAAUCGAUACGACCUGCUGAACCAGCAGUCUCUGUCCGAGUCUGAGGUGAAGGAGGAUGACGACAACGAGACGGAGCCCACGCAGGACCAGGACGGCGCCGACCCUGCAGACAAGGGUGCCAAACGCAAGAAGAAAAAGAAGAAGAAGAAGGCCGUAAAGGUGGCUUUGGCGCAGAGGAGCAGCGAAGACAAUUUUGAUGGUGACGAGAUCGAUCAGGUGAACAGACUCCUGGGCCCAGUGGCAAGCGCCGAGAGCGUCCAGAAUGCGGCCGAAGUGCAGAGGACCAAGGAACUGCUCAGCAUUGAUAACCGCAACCUUAACCCAAACAAUGAGCUGAAGCGAAUCUUUGGCGUCAAAAUUGUUCAGUCUGAGCAGAGAAAGAAGAGCAGGACCAGGACUCACUUGAGGAACACCGGCAUUGUCACUCCCAAGGACACCUGGCCCAUUAUUGGGAAACAGGGUAUCACAAUGAGGUACUGCGAGCAGAAGGGUCAGGUGCAGGUCUUCUCGUACGAGCACAACCCUGACUACCAGCUGGUGCAGCGAAUUUUCCUGCAGGCGGUGGAGAGUCUGAACCCUGACAAUGUGGUGGCCGUGAUUCACUCGCACCCAUACCACGUGGACGCCCUUCUGCAGGUUGCUGAGCUUUGCAAGAUGAGUGAAGAUUUGCAGAUGGCUGCUGACCUGGUUGAGAGGGCGCUCUACGCACUGGAACACGCCUUCCACCCUUUGUUUAACCUGGCGCAGGGCAAUUGCAGACUUGACUACUGCAGACAGGAGAACAGGGCCUUAUUCAUCGCCCUCUUCAAGCACCUGACGAUGGUCGGGCAACGGGCAUGCCACCGCACCGCCCUGGAGCUGAGCAAAGUGGUGCUGUCGCUGGACCCUGACGACGACCCGCUGGCCAUGGUGCUGGUGAUCGACUUAUAUGCACUGCGCAGCCGCCAGUACUCAUGGCUGGUGCGUCUGGCCGACGAGUGGGAGGCUUCCCGCAACCUCAGCCAGCUGCCCAACUUCGCUUAUUCAACGGCCGUGGCGCGCUUCCACCUGGCGGUGCAGGGUGCCAUUGAAAUGGCUGACGCGGACGCCUCACUGCAGCUAGCCCUCAUUAUGUUCCCGGGGGUGCUGUCACCGCUGCUGGAAAAGUGCUCGGUGCAGGUCGACCACAAGGUUCUGGCGCACGACUUUUUCGGACCCAAAGCACAAACAAGCAUGCCACCAGCCUUGGCGCAGUUAGUGCAGCUUUACGUGGCCAGGUGCUGGCCGGUGUGGAAGGAGGCUGAGCUGCUUCCCUGGCUGGAGAGAAACACGCACGCUGUGCUGGCUAGAGUGGACAGCAAGGACCCGCUGGUCAGCGAGUGCGACGGCCACAGACGCCGCAGGUAUCAGGGUGCUCCGCCCAAGAACAUCACAAGGCACAUCGUCCUGGCCGACCUGAAGGAAGUGCCUCCGGCAAUCUCCCCUGGCGACUCCACCGGCCCAGUGAUGAGCUUUGACCCUCUUCCUCCCGCUGAUUCCAUCAACCUCUACGAGAGGCCCAGGAGGCCAAGAACGGCCACCGUUGACAACGCUGGUGCUCUCAGCCUCUUCUUCCGUUCUCUGCUGCCCACCUACAACGCCAAUGAACCUGCGGGGGCCGAAGGUGCAGCUGCAGGACCAGUUGACGAUGCGCAGUUUGACGUCGAGUUUGAGCACGAGGGUGGCGGCCUGGAGGUGAGGCGAAACCUGGCCUCCCUGAUGGAUAUGCUGAGAGACCUUCUGCGCAACAUCCAGUUGCCAGACGCCCCUGACGCGAGGGCGGAUGCCGACGUGGACAGCUCCGGGGAUGAUGAACUGGGCAACGAGACAUGAGCUGGUUGCCAAGUUGAUUUUCAUAAGUGUAGAGAUCUCUCCCACUACCAAAAUAAGUUGUGAUAUUUUUAUAGCUCUCACUCUGCGCUACAUUCAACUCAAAAUUCACUUGAUAGACACGCCUCUCUAUACUCAUGAGUGGGGAGAAAGCUAAAGUAAAUCCAAGAAGUAGCAACCAAAUUUGAUAAAUUAUUUCAAGUAGUGUAGCUUUUCAUCGUAAUUUUUAAAUUGCCUAGAGAGGUGCUUUUCACGGUAUUGCUGGGGGUUCAUUAAAUGGGGUGGGAGUCCAAGUUUUAUUAAAUAGUGCUAUUUGGAGUAAAUGAUUAAUUAACCUAAAUCUUUGAGUGGUAAAAUAGGGCCUGACAAUUUGCUACCUAAAUUUCAUCUAAACUUAAAUUACAUCUCCUCUCUGUUCAUUAAAAAGAGCUUACCUUGUUGUUAGAAAAUAAAGUAAAUGUAUUUGAUCCUCUAAACUUGUACACAUGAUGUUGCCUUUAAAAUAAAAAUACAUUUUGUGUGUUUACCUCUCAGGACCAUUGGUACAGACAGAAAUGUUUUAAUUCUGAAAAUAAGACUCAAAAAUUAAAAAUUUACUCCAAUUUAGAUGGUGCCUAGAACAUCCCAUCCCAAAAUAUGUAUAUUAAAGUUAAAGGCCUAAAAUUAUCCAACAAGCAUUAUUGCGUUAUGUGUAACACACAGGAGCAGCAAAGGAGAUUGAAUUGAACACAAAAAUUAAAUUUGCAAUUAUUUUGAAAGAUAUAUUGUACUGCGUGUCCGCAGAAAGAAGAAAUUUGAUGUUCUCCUAUAUGAGUGUAAUAAAGACGAUGUCAUUCAAUUAUAAAA